CAGCUGAGAGGGCAGAACAGUUUGUGACAGGACUCCAAAUUCCCCUAACAGUCAGAGUUUCUCUCUCAUUGGUCCUCCUCUUCUUCUUCUGCUGUCUUUAAAAAAAGUUUGCUUUUGGUCUGAUCACUGGUCUGUGUCUGUCUCUGGAUUUUUUCCUCCUGGCUGAGUUUGGACUGAACCAUGGAGCUGUCGGAUAUCUCUUUCCCCCUCCCCUCCGCAGAUGAUUUCUAUGACGACCCCUGCUUCAACACCAGCGACAUGCACUUCUUCGAGGACCUGGAUCCGCGGCUGGUCCAUGUGGGCCUGCUGAAGCCGGACGACUCCUCCUCUUCACCCUCUCCCUCCCCUUCCUCCUGCUCCUCUUCCUCGCCGUCCUCUCUCCUGCACCUCCAUCACCACGGCGAGGGGGAGGACGACGAGCACGUCCGGGCACCGAGCGGGCACCACCAGGCGGGCCGCUGCCUGCUCUGGGCCUGCAAGGCCUGCAAGAGGAAGACCACCAACGCGGACCGAAGGAAGGCGGCCACGAUGCGCGAGCGCCGGCGGCUCAGCAAGGUGAACGACGCCUUCGAGACCCUGAAGCGCUGCACCACCGCCAACCCCAACCAGAGGCUGCCCAAAGUGGAGAUCCUCCGCAACGCCAUCAGCUACAUCGAGUCCCUGCAGGCGCUGCUGCGCGGCGGACAGGACGACGGCUACUACCCGGUGCUGGAGCACUACAGCGGGGACUCUGACGCCUCCAGCCCCCGCUCCAACUGCUCCGACGGCAUGGCGGACUUUAACGCGCCGAGCUGUCAGUCCAACAGAAGAAGAAGUUAUGAGAGCAGCUCUUAUUUCUCAGAGACUCCAAAAGGCGGUCUGAAGAGCGAGAGGAGCUCAGUGGUCUCCAGUCUCGACUGUCUGUCCAGCAUUGUGGAGCGGAUCUCCACUGAGAGCAGCAGCGGCGGCACCCUCCUGCCCGCCGCCGACGGCUCUGGCUCCACGCCCACAGACCCCGCAGGAGACGCAGCUGCUCCAGGAUCCGUCCAGAUCCCCUCCCCGACCGCCAACCAGGACCCCAACCUGAUCUACCAAGUCCUAUAGACCCUCACACCUGGGACGUUUGCACCAACAACACACUGUACAGUCGUUAAAACACACACACGAGUUUAAAGUUAUUGUUUUAAUUUAUCGAGCUGAACUGAGACUUCACUUCCUGUUUGCAUCGGCAGAAGAGGCUUAUAGCGUCACCUCUCCUCGCCUGUUCUUCGUCCUCAAGCUGAAAUAUGGAAGAUCAAUCCUGCCAAAAAAAUAAGUCAAAAAACAUCUUAUGACCUUAAACAUUUUAACACAUUUUAAGGCCCUUUAUAAA